AUGCCUAAUCCAGGUCCUAUUUUGUUCUUAAAGAGUAUAUCUCUAAGAGUACUUCGAGGAUCUUUUCUCCACGGACGAUGUUAUAGUUCUUGUGGCAAUGGCAAUUACCUUCCCAACCUUCCAUUAUUUACCCAAAUUCUCCACCACGCCGAAAUACAACGUAAACAUAAACCUGCAAUUAUUGAUGUCAAAGCUGAAACGUCUCAUUCCUAUCGCCAUCUGGUUUCAGAUAUUGUAGAAUUAAGAAAAAUAUUGUUAAAAUAUGCGGGUACAUCUGUUGAAGAUUUAAAAGAGGCACGAGUUGCUUUUUUAUGUCCAAAUGGAUAUAAUUAUGUUGUAUCUCAAUGGUCAGUUUGGUCUGCUGGUGGAAUUGCAGUUCCAUUAUGUAUAACACAUCCACUGCCUGAACUUUUAUAUGUCUUGAAUGAUUCUCAAUCAACAAUAAUAAUCACACAUUCGGAUUUUCAAGAAAAAAUAAAUGGUAUUGCUCAUGAAGCUGGUAUUAAAAAGGUUAUUGUGGUCUGUGACAAGGAACAAAAAUAUAGUCAAUAUAAUGAUGUCAACUUUAAAUCACCAUCAUUAAUUCCAAUGGAUGAUUCACGACGUGCAAUGAUUAUUUAUACAAGUGGGACAACUGGAAAGCCAAAAGGUGUGGUAUCAACCCACGCAAAUAUUACUGCACAAGUUAAAUCUCUUGUUGAUGCAUGGAGAUGGAAUGAUAAAGAUAAAAUUUUACAUGUGUUGCCUUUACAUCAUAUGCAUGGUAUUAUUAAUGCAUUGACUUGUGGACUUUAUUCAGGUGCCACUGUCGAAAUGAUGCCAAAAUUUGAUGCUGCCUCUGUAUGGGACAGGUGGAUGAAGCCAGACAAUGACCUCUCACUUUUCAUGGCAGUGCCGACAAUUUAUUCAAAAUUAAUUCAAUAUUACAAAGACAAUAUUCCCAAAGAAACACAACCAUUAGCCACACAGUCAUGUUCACAAUUUAGAUUAAUGGUUUCUGGGUCAUCGGCACUUCCUAUUCCUAUCAGGAAUUCUUGGAAAGAAAUUAGUGGUGGAGUUGUGUUAUUAGAAAGAUAUGGAAUGAGUGAAAUAGGAAUGGGAUUGAUACCUUUGCCAGGUGUACAAGUGAGGUUAAUGUCAGAAGAUGGUAAAGAUAUUACUACGGCAGUUGAACAACCAGAUUUUUUAAAAAAUAGAUAUUGGAAUAGACCUGAGGCUACUAAAAAAGAAUUUGCUGAAGAUGGAUGGUUUAAAACAGGAGAUAUAGCUAUGAUAACAGCCAAAGAAAAAGUCUUCAAAAUUCUUGGUAGACAAAGUGUCGAUAUUAUUAAAAGUGGAUCAUAUAAAAUUUCGGCUUUAGAAAUUGAGAAAGAAUUAUUAUCGCAUCAGGAUAUACAAGAAGUUUCAAUUGUAGGAGUUGAAGAUCCAGAAUGGGGGCAAAAAGUUGGUGCUAUAGUUGUUUUAAAAAAUCAUACGUCAAAACUAGAUUUAAAGCAAUUAAGAGAAUUUGCAAAAGAUAGGUUGGCGAAUUAUAAAGUACCUACUUUAUUAAAAGUUGUAAAUGAGAUACCAAAAAAUGCCAUGGGAAAGGUUAACAAGAAAGAGCUG